ACUAGUCCUAGUCUUUCUCCUCAGUAAUAACAAACCGAAGGUAACACGGGCGGACGGAGGCUAGAUCGAAAACUAAAGUUGCCUCGAGGCUCAUUUUUCUCCGAGCAAUGGCACUGCUUUAUCGAGGUGAAUCACGAUGGAAGAUCCUAAGACAUCCUGUUUUCUGGGUGAAGGUCAUUGAGAUUGUUCUGAGCUUCACUGUUGCUCCUUUGGUUAUCACUUACAACGAUAAGGGAGGGGUAUACAAGGAACACAGCGAUAAGAGUUUCAACAUCACUGUGAAAUACCCUUUUGAUUACAACAAUGAAACUGCAGUUUACACUGAUGAAGAUGAGCCACUCACAAGCUUCAACUUUGACCCAGCCAUUAGAGUUUGCGCACAGUUGUUUGUUGGUGUUGUCAUAGUAGCAGGACUGUUGGCAAUAGCAAUGCUGCUGAUAUCGUGUGCAAUUCAUAAAGAUGAGAGAGUGGCAAAUAAAGUUUCAGUUGCAGAGGUAUUUAUUUCAGUUGUGAUGGUAGUACUUGUAGCAGUAAUUACAAGCCUCUGGUUGUACAACAUUCUGGAAUUGAAAAAAGAAGUCCAGGGUGAAAUUGUAAAUGUCAUCACAACAUUGGGGCCAGUGCGCUGCAAGAACUGUGUGGAAUUCUUACCUGAUUAUUCAGCAUUAUUUGCUUCAGUGGGCCUGGGUUACUUGUCACUUGUGAUUUGGUUGCUCAACACUUCACUUGUUUACUGUGAUACAAUAAACAUUUCUGAUCAAGUGAAUGCCACCAGUUCUUUGAUUUUCACUCAAGGGCAGGAGCUUGCAGACAAAUCUCAAGAAACAAACCCUGUGGAGACCACUGCUUAACCCGGUAACUGGACAUUUCGCACAAAAGACUUUUCGCACAAGUCUUUUAGCACAAGUUUUGGACCAUUUGCACAAUUCUUAGUGGUCAUUUCACACAAUGUGUGAAAAGUCUUUUGUGCGAAAUGUCCUGUAUUCCUUAACCCUUUUAACUCCCAAAGUGAUCAACAUGUUACUUCUCCCUAUAAUAUCCAUACAUUAUCCUCCAAACAUGUAAUGAGAAUACUCAAACUUAUCAGGAAUAAGUUGUCAUCUUGAUCUAACACCAAUUUCCUGUAACUAAUUUACAAGGAAAUGUGUAGCAGCUAGAGGGGAGAAUUAGCAAUCAGAUCUUGGGAGUUAAAGAGUUAAAAGAGAGCGAUAGGUGGCUCUGGCAUUUUUAAGGGUGGAUGACACUAUCUGCUUGGUAAAUCUCUAUCUGGUGAAUGGGGCUGUCUGUUUUAUAACCCAUAACACUUAGCAGCUGGAUAAUGAUUUACCUUUUGGAUAGUAUUAUUUGCCCUUUCAACAACGUGGCCCAGGUAUAGAACUGCCAGGUCAUCAGUAGCUUUAUGCCAGCAUUCUUUGUAAAUACAAGAAUAUUUUUUGUUUAAUAGUAAUUAAUUCACUUCAAAUGUAAUCACAGAAAAAAAAAGAGCUUUUUAUGGUGGCUUGGAGUAAAAUUCUGCUUGGGAAAAUUUUUUUGCGCUUUUGUAAGAAGCUCGUUAGAAUAUAGUUCUGGUUGAAAUGUUAGUUAACCAGGCAUAGUCUUUAUAUGUUAAGGAAAACCAUUAAUGAUAAUAAUUGUGAAUAAUAGUAAAAUAAAAGUAAUUAAUGAAGAA